GUUCAUUGGUCUUCCCUCUCCAAAGAUCGCACGUGUUUUAAACUCAGUGCUUCGAUGAAAAUUGUGCUUGUUCACUUUACACUUCUGAGAUUAUCUUUCGAUGGAAAAUGUCUGAUUCUCCUUCAUCCGUAAUCAAACCAACUAAAAGCAAUAGCAGGAAAUCUCACUCAGAUUUUAGCAUUCUAUCUCCAUUGUUGAAAGAACCUUUCAAAAAAGGUUGGAAACGUGAAGUUGUGUAUAGAGCCAUUGUUGGCAAUGAAAGGAGAACUUUGUGUGAUGUAUACUAUUACACACCAGAUGGGAAGAAGCUCAGAUCUGGACGAGAAGUUUCAGAUUAUUUGAACAAAACAAAGAGCUCUUUUACAACAGAAAAUUUCACAUUCUGCAAGGAACCUAUUGGUAUGGAUGUUAAACACGAAGUUUUGCGUUUUUCCAGGUCAAAAACAUGUCAAGAUGGAGAAGCAAACAAAAAGGCUUUACUCAGCAAUAAUGGAAUAAUACGGACCGGUCCCAAAAGAGUUUUACAGCGCAGUUACCAAAAAGAUGACGAUGAAGAAGCGUUAACAGGCAAAGAGACCACUUCGAAGUCUAGUGCCCCAGCAAUUGACGAUGAUAAAACCACCUCCAAGCGCCACUAUACCAGACUUCGAAACAUCCCCAAAACGUUGCAUUCAUCCGACAUAACCUUAACUCUGCAUAACUCAAACUCUAAAUCCGAUAGUGGCUAUACGUCUGGACAAAGUAAUGUUGAAGAAAGACUUAAAUCACCGACAGCCUUACCAAAACAGAUUUAUAAAACAAAAACAGAAUCUCCGGCGCAGCAGUCAUUGGUCCCGAUUCUGGAGUCGCCCGAAAUGCUGCGUGAACCACAAUCACACAAUUUACCUCUUAUUGCUCUCCUUCCAUGUGGAACGACCUUGGUCAUUUCAGAUUCGCAAACUCUAACGAUUAGUUCUACAAGCAUCAACUCAAGUACUACUCCAGUGAGAAGAAGUGAAACGCUUUUACCGAAAAUUUCGCUACCAGCUGUUACCGGCCUAUCCGAAUCAGUUGGUUUAUCAUCUGUAGCUUCACUGAGUCCCUAUGCAGCUACAUCCUUGAACACUACAACAUUCGAAAAUCGUGCAAAAUCAAUUCCAGGUAACACUCCGAUUCGCCGAAGUUUGUUACCGAAGACAGAUGGAUUCGCGAUUCCUCGUUUUCCACUAGCUUAUGAAGGCCAGGUAUCACUAGCCCCAUUUGGAACUGUAUAUCGUGAGCGGUCGUAUUGGAUUAGUAUGGGUCAAGCAUUAAUCGAAGAAGGAUUGCAGAGGGCUAUGCUUUCCCAUCCUUACCGAACAAGUGGCACGAUAGAGGAACAUCCUGUUCGUGCGACGCGGAAGAAAAGUGUUCCCAAAAGAUUUCAAGAUGUUAUAAGAUCUUCAUCACCAACACCUGUUGUCCGGUUGGCGUGUAAAGAUUAUUUUGCAUUUCGUAAACAACGUCGUCAACAACAACUCUUUGACCAACCUCCGGCCAUGGGAAGCAGUACUACAAACAAUUAAUCACCAGCAACUAGCAGCCAUGUUACAAAAAGCUCGACAAAGAAAAUCAAGCAUCAUCAAUUCAAGCUGAAACGGCGAUAGAAAAGCUUUCUAAUCUCUUGUGGCUAGUUCCUAAUCCAAACAUUCUGGAUGCUACUACCUAAGCCGCAUCUUUUACCCAGAUUCGCAAGACAGGAACCAUUCUGUGCUACUCCCAAUGCCUGUUCGUAAACGAAGUCAGCAAUCAUACUAUUAAAACAACAACUUGACGCAGCACAUUCUUCUGGCAAGGCAUUUGAAAAGCUACCGGUACACGCUCUGUAUCUAUCCCACAUUGUUUUCCAUUUUUAUCAUUGUGUAUCGACAAACAAAGUUAUUUUCAAUUUAGCCGUUUUUGAGACAUACUUCUGGACUAAUCUGCGUGCUUAUUUUUAUUUUAUUUCAUGUGUUUUUUUUUUUGUUUUGUUAUUUUUGUUUUGUGUGUGUGUGUGUUUUUUACACUACUUCAUUUUUUUGUACCUACGCUAUUCUUUUAACAAACUGAGGACGACAAAUAUCUAGAGAUAGAAGGGGAACAAUUUCCGUGUAUCACAGGACAAAGAUUCAUUUAAUCUAAUCAUGUCUGAUGUAUUGAAUAAUGUUUUUAGUCAAUUCGAUUUUGCUUGUUCUGAUGUAGGUAAAGGGGACAUUGAUGAGCAAAUAGGAAAAAGCAUGUCUUAAUUCGAAAUUGA